AUGUCUUUCGAUUACUCUCAGGAAGUUAUUGGCGACUUGGAAAAAGUGCUUGAAACUAACGAUGGAUAUGAUGUUAUUAUCUACGCUGGUGAAAAUAAAAAUGUAAAAGAAUUACGUGCACAUUCAAGUAUUUUAUGUAUAAGGUCUAAAUAUUUUUGCACAGCAUUUUCUAAAGUAUGGGCCAAUAAAAAAGAUGGAAAAUUUAUUUUUGAAAAACCAAACAUUUCUCCUCAAAUAUUUAAAAUUAUUUUAAGAUUUAUUUAUUGUGGAAGAAUUGAUUUAACAAAAUUGCUGGGCCCCGAAAUAUUAGAGCUUUUGAUGGCAUUAGAUGAACUUAACUUUCAUUCACUAAUCCCUCAUGUUCAAGAAUACUUGAUUUAUCAUCAAGAUGAAUUUUUGCAACAAAAUCCUAUUGAAAUUCUUGAAACAGUUUAUCAACAUGAAUCAUUCACAGAUUUAUGGAAUUAUUGUCUUGAGAUGAUUUGUGAUGAACCUGAAAUGUUAUUUAAUUCUGAUAAUUUUAUCAAUUUAAAAGCGCCUUUAUUGAAAUUGAUUUUAAAGCGUUAUGAUUUGGUUUUAGAUGAAAUUGAAAUUUGGAAUAAUCUAUUAAAAUGGGGUAUUGCAAAAAAUCCUUCUAUUUCACAAGACAUCACAAAAUGGCGUAAGGAGGAUAUUACAAUUAUUGAGAGGUCUCUUCAUGGAUUUAUUCCAUUAAUAAGAUUUUAUCAUAUUUCAUCUGAUGAUUUUCUUGAUAAAAUAUAUCCUUUAAAAGAAUUACUACCAAAAGAUUAUGCUGAUGAAUUGGUGAAAUUUAAUAUUGCACCAAAUAGGAAGCAAAAUAUUGACGAAAUUCAACCUCCUAGAAUAUCAAAACCUAUUUGUGAUUAUGAUUCAAUUUUAAUUAAGAAUCAUCAUUUUGCUGUUUUUGCUAGUUGGAUUGAUAAGAAAAAUAAUUUACGUUAUAAUGUAAGAAAUAUUCCUUAUAAAUUCAAUUUACUUUAUCGUGCUAGUAGAGAUGGUAAUGCACCUGCAGCAUUUCAUGCUAAAUGUGAUAAUAAAGGAGCUACUAUUGUUAUUGCAAAAAUUAAAAAUUCAGAACAAAUAGUUGGAGGAUAUAAUCCACUUCAAUGGGAUUCAAGUGGAUUAUGGCAUUCCACAUUUGAUAGUUUCAUAUAUUUUUUUGCAGAUGUGAAAAAUAUAGUAACUGCAAAAGUAAGUUAUAGUAAUGGCAAUAAAUAUUCUAUAGGAAAUAAUCCGAGUUAUGCACCAUUAUUUGGUGGUGGUUGGGAUUUAUACCAUGAUGGAAAUGGUGUUUGGCAUAGUAAUAAUAAUCGAAAUAAUUCUUAUCCUAGAAUUGAUGGUAUGCCAAGGAGGGAAUUUAAUGUAAAUGAUUGUGAAAUAUUUCAAGUAAUUAAAAAAUAA